UCAAAAUUAAGAGGCUCAUCCAUAGUUGGAUUAUUAACAUAAACUUUUCAAUUACUCAAGUAUUUAUUUUGUGUUAAUUGAUUUUUAUUUUUCUAAUGCAGUUAAAUGUGAUAGUUGGUGUUGGAAUCAAUAUUAGGCCCAAAAUUUCCUCCACCUUGGAUCGGAGGUACCAUGAAAUCUUUAACGAGGUUGAUUCACUGGGCACUCAGAGGCAUCAGCAAAAUACAGACCAAAUUCCAAUUGGUGGGCAGUGGCAGCUGAUCAUAAAGUUAGCAGGUGCAAAAAGAAAGAGAGCUAAAAGAAGUGCUUAUGCAUAUGAGGCCAGAAAUCUACAAGGAGAAGUGGUGUUUUGUGGUAUUAGGAGCUGUGCUACUGGAUCUAUUGUAGGUGCAGUUCAGGAGGCGAUAGUGGAGGCAGCAGUCAAAGCUAAGAACCUUGGAUAUCAACAAAUUUUGAUGUUAAGUAAUUGCAAAAAGCUAGUUCAAGUAGUGGACAAGAAGCGAGCCCCAGAUUGGAAAGAGAGAACUCUCAUGGCAGACAUGUCCUCCCUACAGCAGAUGGGAUUAGAUUGCAGGCUGAUUUUUGUUUCUAAGGUUAUCCUUAACUAUGUAUGGUCGUUAGCUAUUUUAGCUACAAAAGAGCCAACUUACUACUGCUGGCCGACUAUGGAACAUGAUGUAAAUGCUACUUACGGUUAAUGCCUUUUUU